AUGAUUUAUCCAUACAAAAAAACAUGGUACAAUUAUAUAGAUGAUAACAAUAUUGAAUAUUCAACAUCAACAAGUUUAAUAUUCGCUAAUUUUCCUACCUGGUCAUAUGAUGAAAUGAUAUUUGAACAAAUAAAACGUGUAUUAACUAUAACACAAAUUUAUCAUUUAAUCAUCAUUGAAAAACAUUCAAUACCUCUAGUAAUUCAAUUAAUUAAUGCAUUACCUGAUUUAAUUACAUUAAAAAUGCAUUCUUUACCAUCAAAUGAAACAGCAUCAUUUGCUUUUAAAGAACUACGUAAUCGUUAUUUAAGGAAAUAUCGAAACAAUAUUAUUAACGUUUAUAUUGAAGAAAUAAAUAAUAUUAAAGAUUUUCAUAAUAUUUUACUACUUUGUCCUCGUAUGAAACUAUUGCAAGUGAAACGAUUCAAUAUAAAUAUUCAAUUCUGUUUACGUACAUAUUUGAAGGUCAUAUAUAAUAAUAAUAAUAUUUACUUUAUUCGUUCAUUAUGUUUCGAUGUUCCAACAAUGGAUGAUGAAAUCAUUCAAAAUUUCGAUACGAUGAUUCGUUCUGAAAAAUUAUUAUUCAAUUAUACAAUCAAACAUGUGUAUAAUAAGAUAUAUUUACAAUGGAAAUAA